AUGGAUGACCAGACCUACAGUGUGAACCAGUCACCCUCGUCCACCAGGCGCAGGGGCAGGGGCAGGGGCAGGAACGCGACUGACAGCCGGGGUUAUGCCGAGGUGGAGAAGGGCGUCAUGACGGUGGAAAACAUGCUGGAGGAGUCCGCCGUGCUCUCGGCGCCUCACCUGUCGGUGGAUCGAUACGAGCGCGGCCGCCAGGGAUGCUGCGAGAGGGUGGUGAUCAACAUUUCGGGUUUACGCUUCGAGACGCAACUUAAAACUUUCAACCAGUUCCCAGACACGCUGCUGGGGGACCCCAGGAAAAGGAUGCGCUACUUUGACCCACUGAGGAACGAGUACUUCUUUGACAGGAACAGACCGAGCUUUGAUGCCAUCCUGUACUACUACCAGUCAGGGGGGCGCAUACGGAGACCUGUUAACGUCCCCAUUGAUAUUUUCUCCGAGGAGAUCAGGUUUUAUCAACUCGGAGAGGAGGCCAUGGAGAAAUUCCGCGACGAUGAAGGGUUUAUAAAGGAAGAGGAGCGCGUACUGCCCAAGCAUGAUUUCCAAAAGCAGGUUUGGCUUUUGUUUGAGUAUCCUGAGAGCUCCGGGCCAGCACGGGGGAUAGCCAUCGUCUCGGUGCUUGUUAUAUUGAUUUCGAUUGUAAUUUUCUGCAUGGAGACUCUGCCGGAAUUUCGAGAUGAGAGAGACCAAGCCACGGUGGCACCCGCGGUGAACGGCACUGCUCCCCACCUGCAGAGCCCGUUCACAGACCCUUUCUUUGUGAUAGAGACUCUGUGCAUCAUAUGGUUCUCUUUCGAGCUGCUGGUCAGGUUUUUCGCCUGCCCCAGCAAAACUUCCUUCUCCAAAAACAUCAUGAAUAUCAUUGACAUCGUCGCCAUAAUCCCCUACUUUAUCACUCUGGGGACUGAGCUGGCCGAGAGGGAGACCAACAGCGGCCAACAGGCGAUGUCCCUCGCCAUCCUGCGGGUGAUCAGACUGGUGAGGGUCUUUCGUAUAUUUAAGCUGUCUCGACACUCAAAGGGACUUCAGAUUUUGGGGCAGACCCUCAAGGCCAGCAUGAGGGAGCUCGGCUUGCUCAUAUUUUUCCUUUUCAUCGGAGUUAUUCUCUUCUCCAGCGCGGUUUACUUCGCAGAAGCAGACGACCCCUCGUCCAGCUUCACCAGCAUCCCCGAUGCGUUUUGGUGGGCAGUGGUAACGAUGACCACAGUCGGAUAUGGAGACAUGCAUCCGGUGACCAUCGGUGGGAAAAUAGUGGGGUCCCUGUGCGCAAUAGCAGGCGUGCUGACCAUUGCCUUACCCGUGCCAGUGAUUGUGUCCAAUUUCAACUACUUUUACCACAGGGAGACCGAUGGAGAGGAGCAGCCACAGUACGUGCACGCAGGCAGCUGUGAGCACCUCCCCUCGGAGGAGCUGAGGAGGUCGUGCAGCUCCUCAUCGCUCAGCAAGUCUGAGUACAUGGUGAUAGAGGAGGGCAUCAACAGUGCGUUCAAGCAGCCCAACUUCACCACCGAGAACAACCAGAACUGCGUGAACAUCAAAAAGAUCUUCACAGACGUGUAA